CAUUCUGAUUUUGCAUUCAGGUUAGAAGAUCAGAUUAAGAAGCUCCACAAGGAUAUGAAGAAGAGUACUGAAGCAGAUGUAGCAAUGUCAAAAUCCGCAGUGAAAAUUUCAUCAGAUCUGUUGGCCAACCCUUUGUGCGAUCAAGACCAAACGUUUAUGGAGACGGUGACUGCUUUGGACACUGCAAUGCGCAGAAUGGAUGCCUUCAAUCAGGAGAAGGUCAAUCAGAUUCAGAAAACGACCAUUGAACCCUUGAAAAAGUUCGGCAAUGUUUUCCCAAGUCUCAACAUGGCAGUAAAGAGACGAGAACAGACUUUACAAGAUUACAAAAGAUUACAAUCCAAAGUGGAGAAGUAUGAAGAGAAGGAGAAAUCUGGACCUGUGCUGGUGAAGCUUCACCAGGUAAAGGAGGAGCUAAGGCCAGUUCGAGAAGAUUUUGAAGCCAAAAACAAGCAGCUUCUUGAUGAGAUGCCAAAGUUUUACAACAGUCGCAUCGACUACUUUCAACCAAGCUUUGAAGCUCUGAUUCGUGCCCAGGUCGUAUACUACACAGAGAUGUCCAAGAUAUUUGGGGACCUCACUGGCCAAAUUGACCAGCAGGGUAUCAGUGAUGAAGAACGACAGAAGGAGAAUGAAGCCAAGCUCAAUGAGCUGCGGGCUCUGUCUAUCGUGGCAGAUGACUGAAUCUGAAAAGUUGUACAUGAACUGAAUACUGAUUCCACACUGGCUUUAGACUCUGACGUUCAGAUUAAUCCAAUCAAUGUGUAGGUGGGAAAUCAUUUGAGAAACUGGUGAAAUGUGGAAUGUCUUUGGACAAUGAUCUAGAAAUCCUACAUUAUUUUUCCUGUUACCCCCCUUUGUGUCUUUGCGGUUUAGAGGGAUGUGGGCCAAACGCGGGCAGGUGGGAUGUGUGUAGAUGGGGCAUCCUGGUCAGCAGGGGCAAGUUGGGCUGAAGGGCCUGUUUCCAUGCUCUGUGACUCUGAAGGGCCUGUCCUACUUGGCGAUUUUAUUCGGCGAUUGCCGGCGAUUGACUCACGUAUCAGGGCCACCGAAAUAUUUUGAACAUUUCAAAACCCAGCGGCGACUAAAACAAUGUUGCGACACUCGAGGAAACACUGCGCGUCAAUACGUCAUCACGCUGCGACUUUUUCUGUGACCUGAUACGUCAGUGAGUGAUGCCAGCAGUCGCCGAAAAGAUCACCAGGUGGGACAGGCCCUUAAGCCAAAGAAUGCUGAGAAAUAUCUCUUUUAUCAGUCGAACAUAGAGUGAAGGGGUCACAUUCACUCUCAUUGUUACAAAGUGCCUGGACUUCAGUCACGGCCCUUCAUGAAAAACAGGUUUCGGUUUUGGAAGGAACGGAUCCACCUUUCCAUCCCAUGGAAGUUUGGUAAGAACAAUGUUUGGGGGGAAAAUAAUAUAAGUGGGACAAUUGGCACAACUGUUGGAGAUUAAACAAGCCAUGGACCUUCUUAACAUGAAGCUGAGGUGUUCCAGUGUGGUAUUCCUCACAAACACAGACCUGAACUGGUUAACAGGGAAAAGCAGAUUAUAUACAGCUUAAAAAAUAUAUAUAUAUAAACCCUGAGAUGAUCAAGAGGAGCUCCCUCAAACCUGCUCCUUUGUUUAUUAAGACCAUAAUGUCUUAACUUCAUUUUUGUGCCUGAUUCCAUAAGCCUGGAUUCCACUUUAAUUCAAAGUUAUUUGUGCCUUAGCCUUGAAACCUCACACUCCGAUGCUCCAAAAGCUCACAGCCCUCUGAUAGGAGAAAUUAUUCCUCAUGGUCCCAGUUGGCGAUACUGUAUCCUGAGCAUCAGAAGAGAUGUCCACUCGAUCUUUAUCUGCAAAAAAGGUCUACAGUUUAUUGUCUACAGUUUAGCUAAUGAACAGCAGUCUCGAAGAGACUGCUGUUCAUUAGCUAAACUGUAGACAAUAUGGGUCCAGUUUGUUUAAACUUUUGUAUUAGGAAGAUCCUCUCAUCCCACCAUUCUAUCAAACAUUUGCAGAACCACCACAAAGUCCAAACAACCUUCUUUCCUGAAUAAGGGGACUGACUGUAGCUUUAUGUAGUCUGUGAGCGUGGUCUCUGGCAAAAACGUGCAGUUGUGGCAAGACUUCCCCACUUGAAUUUUCCCUGCAAUCAGGGCUCAUCCUUCUCUUUUCCUUCCUCAUUAUUUGCAUCUUUACACGUUAAUGUAGUGUUUCUAGAAUGAAGCUGACAAAACCUUUCUGAACACUAAUAUUUAAUGUCUUCCACUUAUUUCAAUAAUGUUCAGCAUUUUUCUUCUUCUGACCAUAGUUGCACGUUUCACCUCUCGAUAUUCCAUUUGCCAUAUCAUUACGCACUCAUUUAAAUCUGUCUAUAUCCCUUUGCAUAGCCACAUACAGCACAGAAACAAACCAAGUACCUAUCUAUACUAUUCCCAUUCACUAGCACUUGGUCCAUCGCCUCCUAAGCCUUGGUGAUUCAGGUGCCCAUCUAGAUACUUAAAUGUUAUGCGAGCACCUACUUCCACUGCUCACGUUCUGAUUCCAGACACCCUCUCGGUGAAAACAUUCUUCCUCAGAUUUCCUCUGAAUCUCGUGCUUCUUGUUGUAAACCAAUAACCUCUACCUAGUUUUCGACACUUCCUAUGGGGAAUUUCCAGCUAUCUCUCCUAUCUAUAUCACUCAUAUGUUUGUACAUUGACUGAUUGAAGGAUACAGCAUGAAAACGCCCUUCAGCACACCGAAGAUAGAGACAAAAUGCUGGAGUAAAUCAGUGGGACAGGCAGCAUCUCUGGAGGGAAGGAAUGGGUGACAUUUCGGGUUGAGAUCCUUCAGCCUACCGAGUCCACACCGAGCAUCGAUCACCCGUUUAAACUAGUUCUAUAUUACCCCAGUUCUUGUCCAUUUCCCCCCCACACACACACACUAGGGGCAAUUUAUGGGGAACAAUUAACCUAGAAACCUACACAUUGUUGGAAAUGCUAUUGGAAACCCCAAACACUACAUCCACUGGCUCCCUUCCUUCUGUCCCAUCAUUCUCAAAGCGUUCUCAGGAACAUUUGAUGACCACAAUUUCCCAUGAAUGAGAACACGCCGACUUUAUCUAAUCAAUUUCUACUUUGCUAAGCAUCUUGUAAUCGCUUCCCAAAUAAGGAAUACCAGGUACAACUCAGGAUCAUUUUGAAUGUAACUUUCGGCACUUUAUCGGAAAAAAAGAUUGCUACCCUUGACCUUCCCCACCAGGUUCCUACUCCCAUGAUGUCCAAACUGCAGCUCAAAUGCUACAUCUAUUUCCAAAUCCAGCCAGUUUGGUAUUCCCUGUCCUUCUCUAAUUUUGACGAGUUGGGAAAGGGUUUGAGCUGGAUAUGCAUUGUUGUUGAAUUACCCACAGCCAGAAUACCAAAACGUUCUAUUACCUGAGGUUCAGCGGUCAAUUUAAAUGGCUGAACCCCAAGUUUAAUGUGGGUCCGACGUUAAGGUUUGGACAACACCUCUCGCUGACCCCGCCAACUUUGCUGAAUCUGUUUUUGCACUUUUAACUUAAACACACAUUCUGUCGCUUUUUGCCAGCCCCGCGUUAAACUGCGGCACUGUAUGCUUCCUGGUUUCCCCUCUGCUUAAUGGCGACUGUUC